AUGAACAAGCCGAAGGACCCUGAUUGUGCCAAUACGACAAGUUACGACUACGUGCCUUUGCUUGCGGGCGGGGAACAUUAUAAGAAAUUCAACUUCUACGUGAUGACUGUGUUACACAUAUUCGUUCCUUUUGCCAUUCUGGUGAUCCUGAAUAUUUCGAUAGUAGUGUUGACAAAACGAAAAAUUCAUGGAGUAAGCUGGGCAAUGGCUACACUUAUCGACAUGCCAAAAGUGACCGAAAUGAUUCGAAAAGGUUUGCAUUCAGUCAGUCUUUAUGAAUCGAGUCCUUUCAGGCAAUGCUAA